ACACCCGCCAUUAUGCUGCAUAACUAGCAUAUUUCAGUUAGACUUAACCAGCUUUUUAGCCGACCAAUUUACUAUAUAAAUAUAUAUUACUCAGCGAGCGUGCUAAUUAUCACAGGAUGGAGACGCGUUUCUCUCACCUCUACAAACGGGACAGCAGUGUCUCCAUGCUGCGGGUGAAGAUGGCCAGGCGGCGCUCCCAGUCCCAGAAGGAGAACCGGGACCGCGCGGUGAACCGGCACCGUCGCCUGGACCAGCUACCCGAGCUGGAGGCAUCCGCCCUGGAGGAGUCUGUGAUCCAGCCACCAACGGCGGUCAGUGAGGGGAUGGCUCCCGGGCAAAAGCAAGUAAAAAGCGAACGCAGCGCAGCAGUGGAGGAGAGGAUGAAGAUGCUGGCACGGUACAAGGAAGCAAAGGAUCUGCAGAAGGAGAAAGAGAGGAGAGAAAGGGAGAAGAAGGGUGGGAUCUUCAAGGUGGGCUUGUAUAAGCCCCGGACCCUCAACAUUCUGCAACAGAUCUCUUCCGCACCAAUCAGGGCCAAGGCCCCGGAGCCUGCCCCCUCCAGCAGAGUCACGCGCUCCAUGAAGCAGCAGGUCCGAAAGCCUGUCGCUCCCAGAGGGACUGCUGCGGUGUCCAGGAAAGUGGAGCCCGCUGUGGUCAGAGCACCGGUGGGCCGAGCCGUCGGGAAACCUGCGGCCACAGCCACGUCCGCCCGAGGGAGAGCUGCUCCAGUGGAGGCAGUGGUCCGUCCCGCAUCGACCAGAGCGGCCACUCGGUCUCAGGCCGCGUCCCUGGUGGGCGCUCGUAAACCUGCCCCAGACGCCAAUGUGUCUAAAACCAGAGCUACCAACAAGCUGGCUGCAGCGCCACCUAUUGGCAGGGGCAAGCCUGCACAAGGCCGGGGUGCGACAAGAACACAGUCCAGAGUGCAGAAGUCCGAGGAGGCUGCUGAAGUGGAGGAGAUGGACACAGGAUCUGCUGAACCCCAGGCUGAGGCGGAGCAACCACGGGAGGAGGAGCAGGAGGUGCAGGAGGAGGAGGAGGAGGAGGAGAAGACCGAGAGGGAGAAGGUGCCUGAUGUGCCUUCUUUCGCCCCUCAGGACUUUGUGUUCCAGGCCCCGUCUGGCCUCAAGUCCUUCCAGUCCGUCCCCCUCACCCCUCGCUCAGCGGACGCCUUCCUCACUCCCAGUUACAGCGACGUCCCUCUGGCCCUGUCCUUCUCUCCCCUGGCCCACCGGGCCCCUGUGGGGCCCCCUCGCCCGUCGCCCCCUCCUCAGGCUCCAGUGCCUCUCAGUGGCCCCCAGGAGCCCCAGCACGAUGUCCUGUACUUCAGGUCUGUGCUGGUCAGUGAGACUGCCCGGCUGAGCGCUCUGUGUGAGGAGUGGGAGCGACGCACUGAGGACCCCUCCGUCCCCGAGGAGAGCCAGGACAGGGUGCGCACGGCGGUGGGCCAGGCCAGGCUGCUGAUGAAGGAGCGGUUCGGCCAGUUCCAGGGCCUGGUGGACGACUGCGACCUGGGCAGGGGUGAGAAGGUCACCACCUGCACCGACCUGCAGGGCUUCUGGGACAUGGUGUUCUACCAGGUGGAGGAUGUGAUCAGGAAGUUCGACGUUCUCAGAGAGGCGGAGUCUAAAGGCUGGCAGGAGGAGCGCAAGUCUCCUCCCCGCCCAAAAAAGACCAAGAAGCCGCCCGGAGCCGCGGUGGUCAGGAAGCCCGGCGGAGGGGGCGGGGCCAGCGCUGCCGCGCGGAGUCGUCUGGCCGCUGUGAAAGCCGCCAUGAAGGCCCGGCGUGCGGAGGCGGAGCCACCCGCCGCAGCCCCGCCCACGCCCACCCCUGACCCCGCCCAGACCGUGGUCUUCCACGGAGGCUUCUUCCGCGUGGAGAGCCCCGCCCGCACCCCCGGCGCCUCGAGGAGAUCCCCUCGUAGGAGUGCCGUGCCCUCCCUCCAUGGCUCUCCCUGCCCCGGCUCACAGUUAACCACCCCAAGGAGGACCCGCCCCUCUGCGUUCGCUCACCCAUCCCCUCUCCCCACACUCUCUCUCCGCACCCCCACCGCCUGCACGCCUCACCCCAAAACCCAGGGCCAGUCCCCUCCUCAGUCCCCUCUCCCCCCGCUCUCUCUCAACGACCCCACUGCCAGCACCCCUCCUCCUGAACCCGCUCUCCACGCUGGCGCCCCCUCUGGCCGGUCCGAGUAUGACGCUGAGCCGACCGGAACCCACAGCGAACCUCCAGAAGCAGCCAGCAGCCAAUCGCAAGCCGUCGAUCGUUGCGCAGAAACCGGCAGCCAGUCCGAGCUUGCCCCAGAUGCGGCGGAACGCACAGCCAGCCAAUCGGAAGAUGUCACCGAAAUGGACAGCUGUGUAACUCCCUUCCCAUCUCUCCAGGCUCCGACGUCAGAGGCUAUGUGCCAGAACAGCAGUCUCUCCCCCUGCCAGACAGCAGACCAGCGCCCUGCUGAAGCCCAUGGGUUAAGCUUCAGUCUCUCCCCCUGUCAGACAGCAGACCAGCGCCCCGCUGAAGCCCAUGGGUUAAGCUUCAGCCUCUCCCCCUGCCCGUCUGGUAGUGCCCCUCCCGCCGUGUCGGCGAGCCUUCCUGCCCCUCUCGGCUUCCUGACACCGGCGGCCUGCAGCACAGACAGCCCAACUGGUUCUUCUGAGGCCUGCCUUGCUGGAACUCCAGACAUCUCCUACACUGAGAACACUCCGGGUUUGGACUUUGAGCGUUACCUGCGGCCCACCUUGCGGCGCAGCCCCUCGCCCCAGCCGCCUGCGGUCGCCAUGGAAACGACGUCGUUGUUGGCCACGCCCACGUCCUCUGACGUGCACAUGGACAGUCCUGGGCCUGAGCCGGAGCAGCUGUCUGAAGGAGAUUCUCUGGGGAACACAGCCCCGCUGGCAGCCCUGGGGCAGGCGUUCCCCCCGCAGACACAGCAGCUGGAAGAAGAAGAGCUGCUGCUCUUUACCCCUGAGCUGCGGGACAAAGUGCGGCAGUCAGUGUGUGGGAGAGACCUCAUGACCUUCACCCCUCCCUGCGGCCGCUGACAAUGCCUGAACACACACUCUCUCACUCACACACACACACACACACU